ACUCAAGGGAAAGUGUAUUAAGAACAACAUUUCGACUUGUCUCUUUCGUAUUUUUGUGGGAUAUUAUUCGUUUAUUCAUAUCCCUCCAAAGUUGCGUGUUAUUCUUUUUUUUUUUCUUUGGAAUAGUGAGGGAGUACCGGUGAAAAUAAUUCGUUACGAGGAAGUGCGAUUAUUUUAGUUUUUGAUUCGUUAUUUUUAUAUAUUUUUUGUGAGAUGUUCUUCAUCAAUACGUAUCCAAAUUUACGUAUUUAUUAUUUUCAUAGAACUGUGAAGAAUGACUGGUGAAAAUAAUUCUUUACAAUAAAGUGAAAAUAUCUUGAUUCGUUAAUUAUCAUACAUUUCUGUGGGAUACUAUUCAUUAAUUAAUAUCUAUCCAAAAUUACACGCAUUUCUUUUGUAAGAACAGUGAAGAAAUUCUGGUGAAAAUAAUAGCAGACGAUAAAACAAGAGUGUUGAGAAUAGCGACACCAAAAUUCUCCAAGACGUAAUCGAUUGUCCAAAAUGUUUCGACAAACCAAUAGGAGAUAAGAAUAUAGAUAUUGUUUAUCUUUUAUAUGCUGGUGAUGUCCGCUCCUAUCACCAUUAAACAAGGUGAAGAUAGGAAGAGGAAAGAGAGGAAGAGAGAGAUAGUAGUGGAUAGUAAUUAGAAGAGAGAGUGUACAGACGGACGCCAGGCUGUGUUUGUGCGGGAAACGUCGUCGAAUUACACUCUCUAUUUGCGUCCAAAUUGAACACCCAUGGCCGGAGCACGCAUAGAGCAGCUGCACAUCCCUUGCCUGUACCUCGGGGAAGGUCCCUUGUGGCAGCCCGAUCUCGAGGCCCUGCUUGUCGUCGACGUGUUUGGCAAGGCAGUCAGGAGGCACUUCGUCAGAACGGGGAGACAUCAGGUUCUUCAUAUAGACGAUGGCGGCGAGGCAAAGACAGUAACCAUGGUGAUUCCCGUAGAAGGAUCUCCUGACUUCUACCUGGUGACGGUCGGGAACAGGAUCUGCGUGGUGAGGUGGAGGACAGAGGAUCCCGAUGAACACACUGUCAAGCCCCGAGUCCUGAAGGAUACGAAGGAUACGAAGGAUAGCCACUUUAAUGAUGCCAAGUGCGAUCCGAUGGGGAGGCUGUGGGUCGGAACAAUGGGCCCGCAGGACGAAGCAGGAGAAAUGACACAGAUGUUCGCCGGCGCUCUCUAUCGCCUCGACCACGACCUUACGUUCAAUAAAUGCGUGGAUAAGGUGUCGUGUUCCAACGGCCUUGCGUGGAGUCCAGACCGAAGGACAUUUUACUACAUAGAUUCUGAAGCUUUUUCCGUGGAUGCCUUUGACUAUGAUGACGUCACAGGCAAUAUUAGUAACCGCCGCACUGUCCUCGAUUACGCAACGUCGUGUCUCGGAGGUGCUAUUCCGGAUGGCAUGACCAGCGACAUCGACGGGAAUCUGUGGAUCGCCAACUUCCGGGGCAGCCAGGUCAGAUCGGGUUAGGGUUGUUGCAACGGGGUCAAG